AGGCGAAUACGUAUUAGACAUGAGGUUGCUAGCCUCCGACAUAGAAGAGCUGGCAUUUCGACGAAAAAGAGGAAGCGACCCUGCACCCUGUUUCGUCGCAGCAGCAACCUGUUCCAACGCAUCAUGAUCCAUACCUUCUUUUUUUUUUUGUUUUGUUUUGUCUUUAUAUUACUUUACCUUAAUUGACUUAUCUUCCAAUCAAGCUCAAUGAUCCAGAUGAAACACACACACACACACACACAAAAAAAAAGCGAUCGCUCAAAAAAGGAAAAACAACGAUUUCUCGUCCUCAACUCAUCUAUGAAGAAAUCCAUUUCAAAUUAUAUAACACCGAUCAUGUUGUUUAUCUCUAGCGACUCGAGAAAAACUAUCAAAACACCACACAUUUUUCCUCUUCCUACAACCCUUAAAAUCCAUUCCAUUCAAUUGGAAUUCAGAUAUCACAUUAGCAACCCAAUGACUUGAGAGAACUCCACCACCUUCCGUCACCACUUCUUCAACCCAUGAUGAUAGGAUUCCAUCAGAUACCAUUGCUUAUCGCUUCUCGGUUUUAAUCAACCUAAAAUCCUCACUUGCCAUGGCGAAGCUUCAAUAACCCAAUAGAAGGAUGAUGAUAAAGUAUGAGCAGGAUAAGGGUUGUUAUAAGAUAGAUUGAACGGCCAAGAUGGUUGAUUUAUCAAAGUUUGAGAUAUGGUUUAUGGUGAUAUUAGGUUUGAUGAAAUCAAGGUGAGAUUGCAUGGCUAGGUAUAUAUAGAAGGCGAACAAUUAGCGACAAGACCAGAUACAGAAUUACAUAGAGUAAAGCGUGCGUUUUGUGUUUAUAGAAGAAAGAAAAAAAGAGUAGGCUUUUCUUUUUUGUUUUGUUAUUUUCCUUCAAAGAGUUUCUACACAAGAUUUUGUGUUGAACCAUAGUUUUUUCGUGUCUUUGAUUCUCCUUGUGUUUCUAUAGAUUUAUUUGUCUUGGUUGCUUUCCCUACAAUGACUUUAUUUUCUACGAAAUCCCAACAUGACUAUUCCGAUCCCUUGGACCCUUUGGGCCCAGAGGAAUUAAAAUUGGCCGUCGAGCUUGUUCGGAAGGCGUUUCCCGACCACAAGUACAGUUUCAAUGUCAUCACUUUGAGCGAACCGGCCAAGUACGAGUACUUGGGAUGGAAACAGUUCCCAAAUGUGCAGCCUCGACCUGAUCGAGUUGCGUUUGUGGUUGUCUUGGAAGACGGAGUUUCAGGCGUUGUGGAAGGAAAGAUUAACUUGACGAAACGAUGCAUUCUGGAUUGGCAACAAGUGACCGGCGUUUGCCCCAUUAUUACAGCUGAUACCAUGGAACAAACUGAAACGCUUGUUCGCAAUGAUCCCAAAGUUCAAGAACAAUGCAUAAUAUCCGGCGUACCUGCCGACCAAAUGGACCACGUUUACUGUGAUCCGUGGACUAUUGGUUACGAUGAACGUUUUGGCAAUAGUCGUCGUCUCCAGCAAGCUCUCAUGUACUAUCGAUCCAACGAAGACGAUUCCCAGUACUCUCAUCCUCUAGACUUUUGUCCCAUCAUUGAUUCCGAAGCAAAAAAAGUCAUUGCCAUCGACAUCCCCUCUGUAAGAAGACCUUUGUCCAAGCAUAAGCCUUCCAAUUUCAACCGCAAAGAUGCCGAACAAGAAUAUGGUAAGAUGCGCGAAGUCAAGCCUAUCUCCAUUACACAACCUCAUGGUGUCAACUUUACGCUGAAGGGACGAUACAUUGAAUGGCAAAACUUCCGCUUUCAUAUCGGAUUCAACUAUCGCGAAGGUAUCGUUUUGUCCGACAUCACCUACAACGACCAUGGCAAUGUUCGUCCCCUCUUCUAUCGUAUGUCUCUUGCUGAAAUGGUAGUCCCUUACGGCAACCCUGAGUAUCCUCAUCAACGAAAGCACGCUUUUGAUUUGGGUGAAUACGGUGCCGGUUUCCUAACCAAUCCUUUGGCCUUGGGAUGUGAUUGUAAGGGUGUCAUUCAUUAUUUGGAUGCUCAUUUUGUCCGUCAUACUGGUGAAGUCCAACAUGUGAAAAAUGCUAUUUGCAUCCAUGAAGAAGAUGAUGGCGUCCUUUUCAAACAUUCCGACUUCCGCGAUCAUUUUCAAACCACCAUCUCGACUCGCGGUGUCAAACUCGUUGUCUCUCAAAUCUUCACUGCUGCCAACUAUGAAUAUAUGGUCUAUUGGAUCUUCCACAUGGACGGUGUCAUUGAAUGCCAACUCAAACUUACCGGUAUUCUCAAUACUUACGCUAUGAACCCCGACGAGGACACCAACGGAUGGGGUACUCAAGUUUAUCCUCAAGUCAAUGCUCACAACCAUCAACACUUGUUUUCUCUUCGUCUCAACCCCAUGAUUGAUGGUUUAGAUAACUCGGUUGCCAUCAAUGACGCUGUUAGCGGAGAGGGUCUUCCUGGAUCCAAGCAGAAUUAUUACGGCAAUGCCUUUACCUCGAAACGUACCGUUGCCAAUAAUGUGAAAGAAGCCAUCAGUGACUAUGAUGGCUCUACCUCCCGUACUUGGGAAAUUUGCAAUCCCAACAAGUUGCAUCCUUACUCGAAAAAACCAGUUUCCUACAAGCUUGUCUCUCGUGAAGUCCCUCCUCUGCUGGCUCGCCCCGGUUCUUUAGUCUCCAACAGAGCUGGCUUUGCCCGUCAUCACAUGCACGUUACUCCUUAUAAGGAUGGGCAACUCUAUCCUGCCGGUGACUAUGUACCUCAAACUUCUGGUCAGCCUUCCAAAGGAUUACCCGAAUGGAUCCAAGAGAAUCCUGAUGAAAAUGUGAAUAAUACGGAUAUUGUUGUGUGGCACACUUUUGGAAUUACACAUUUUCCCGCUCCUGAGGACUUCCCCGUUAUGCCUGCUGAGCCCAUCAGUCUCCUUUUGCGCCCUAGAAACUUUUUCCUCCGUAAUCCUGCUUUGGACGUCCCCCCUUCUCGCAAUGUCAUGACUUCUGAGGUGAAAGCCAACCAAGAGAAAUCUUCCCACCAUGGUCAAGACUUGCUGAAGAGUCUGACGGAUGCUACAUCAAGACUUGCAUUUGGUGAGACCUUUUUUGAACAGAAUGAUGGACAAAAGAAGGAUUGUCAGAACUGUCAUUAAAGUUAUAAUCACAGUAUGGAUAUGAAUGAUUUUUUGUUAUGGUUUUUCAUAAAAAUUAAUGUACACAAAAUGAAAUUUCUUAUUAGAGACAAACUAACCUGUUUUCCCUGA